UCUGAGCGCAAUCGUUACGUUGAAAAUGCAAUUGUGUAAACGUCAACACCGCAUUUAGCUUUUCAAAUUUCCGAGCCCUACUUACUUUUUAAUCAUCCGUGGAAAUAACGACGUACUACGAGAGAAAAUAUCUACUUUUGGGAAUAAUGUAUUUUUAUGAAAGGCAGCGCAAGCACAUGUAGAUAAGCGUUUAUGUGUCCGCUGAUGGACUCGUGACUGAACCAGGAAGUCUUCACCUCCAGAAUUCUCAAAAUUUUGAGCUUUACAUUUUCUUGAAGCAGGAGACCUCUGACCUCUAAAGAGAUGACCGGGGGUUUGUCAGGUCAUAUGUAUCAAACAUGAAUGGUGUACACUUUCAUGUUUUAAAGGUUUUGUUCGUUUGUGUUUGUGUAGUAUUUCUGUCCGAAGCAGAUUCUCACAAUUUUGUAGUUGACACGUUAAAUCUUAACGGAACAUGGAGAUUACGAAACUCUAAUGGGUCGCUCUCGCUUAAUGCAGAAGUACCCGGUUGUGUACAUACAGCUCUGCAGCUACAGAAACUUAUUGAGGAUCCCUACUAUCGGUUUAAUGACCUGGCCUACAGAUGGAUCUCUCUGGACAACUGGACAUACACUACUUCAUUCUCUGUGCCUGACUAUGUCCGAGAGAGUAAGAGAUCAGUUCUGGUAUUUGAAGGGGUGGACACAAUCUCCACAAUCUCUCUCAAUGGAGUCAUUAUUGGAAACACAGACAACAUGUUCCUGAGAUACGAUUUUGAAGUUACUGGGCUCUUGAAGGAUGUGAAUUUUCUAGAGGUGUGGCUCAUGUCAGCUGUAACCUAUGCAUCAAUGAGGCAUCAAGCCCACACUGCAUACAAAGUACCUCCGGAAUGCCCUCCUGCCACGCAGAAAGGGGAGUGCCAUGUAAACUUCAUCAGAAAGGCACAGAGCUCAUUUAGCUGGGAUUGGGGUCCUUCUUUUCCCACACUUGGCAUCUGGAAGGACGUUUAUCUAGAGUCUUUUAAUACUUUUCGGCUGUUGAACUUUGUCACCAGUUCAAAAUAUGACUCUCUUCUCUCAUGCUGGACUGUGGAAGUGGAGUUGUUCUUUGAUACCAUUGUGGCCUCAAAGGGAAUUGUCCAGUUGUCCGUGCCACAAUUGCAAUCAGAGGCAAAGUUUCAACUCUCGCUUUCACCUGGCCAGAGCAACACAUCCUUCCUCCUCCAGAUUAACCAGAAUACUUCAGUUGAUCUGUGGUGGCCCUUUGGACAUGGACAACAGCCUCUCAAAGAGCUAUUUAUAAAUAUCAGCAUGGUGGGUGGAGAGGCAUUCCAUGCCAAGAGAAUGAUUGCUUUCCGUACUGUGGAGUUGGUACAGGAACCUAUUCCUGAUUCUCCUGGCCUUAGCUUCUAUUUCCGUAUCAAUGGGCAACCUAUCUUCCUGAAGGGGUCAAACUGGAUACCAGCUCAUGCUUUUCAGGAUCAGGCUACUGCAGAUAGGUUGACUCAACCGCUUCUGUCUGCACAGAUGGCAAACAUGAAUGUUUUAAGAGUGUGGGGAGGUGGAAUCUAUGAACAAGACCUCUUCUAUAGCCUGUGUGAUAAGCUUGGCAUCAUGGUUUGGCAGGACUUCAUGUUUGCAUGUGCGUUAUAUCCUAUAGAGCGGGAUUUCAUCCAGUCAGUGCGAAAGGAGGUUACUCAACAGGUGAGACGGCUUAAGUCCCACCCCUCGGUGGUCAUCUGGAGUGGAAACAAUGAGAAUGAGGCUGCCAUUGCAACCAACUGGUUUUUUAUUCCCCAUGCUGAGAGGCCACGCUAUGUGAAAGAUUACAUCCAUCUAUAUGUGGAGAAUAUCAGAGAGAUUGUACUGCAGGAGGACAGCUCAAGGCCUUUCCUGGUGUCUAGUCCAACCAAUGGGCUGCAGUCCGAGAAGGAAGGCUGGGUGGCCCAGAAUCCCUAUGACCCCCAUUAUGGAGACGUGCACUUUUACAGCUACCUCACUGAUUGCUGGGACUGGCGGUCAUUCCCUCGCACGCGCUUUGCAUCUGAGUAUGGCUUUCAGUCCUGGCCCUCCAUGUCAACACUCAGUAAGGUAUCAACAGCUGCUGAUUGGGAUUUCAGAAGCGAAUUUUCAAACCACCGACAGCACCAUGAGUUUGGGAACUGGCAGAUGAUGCAGCAAGCAGAACUACAUUAUGUCCUCCCCAACCACACGGACCCAGUGCAGAAAUACAGAGACACUAUUUACAUCACCCAGGUUAUGCAGGCACAGUGUGUAAAGACACAGACAGAAUUCUACCGCCGGAGCCAAAGUGACAUUGUUCAGGGUGAAGGGCACACCAUGGGUGCUCUUUAUUGGCAGCUGAACGACGUCUGGCAGGCGCCUUCUUGGUCCUCUAUAGAGUUUGGUGGCAAGUGGAAGAUGCUGCAUUACUGGGCUGUCAACUUCUUUAGUCCUCUUAUUUCAGUAGGCGUUGAGGACAAGGAAGACUUGAUGAUCUAUGCCAUCUCUGACCUGAACCUAGACUAUAUUUUGAAAGUUUCGGUGAAAUUGUAUCGCUGGAACAGCUUUAUUCCACAGUGUUCUCUGGACUCUGAUUGGGCUGUAGUGAAAGGGGGCGGGGUCACCAAGGUGUUUGAGCACCCAGUGUCCCCACUGUUGAAGAACUGUGGAAACUGCACUCGGCAGUCAUGUGUAGUCACCUUUCACCUCAGUGGCCCUGAGCAUGGUAUAAAAAGUCCUCCCAACCACCUUUUUCUAAGCUCCCCACGAGAUGCUAAGGACCUUCAGAAACCCAAAAUCACGUUCACUGUAGAGGAUGCAGGAGAGAGGUUUAUGGUGACUCUGCAUAGUUCCUCGCCUGCUCUGUUUGUCUGGCUGGAUGUCGAAGACAUUCCUGGAUUAUUUGAUGCUAAUGGCUUCCUGAUGAUAUCUGAGCAAUAUACUGUUUAUUUCACUGCAUGGACAUUCACCACCUUAAAGGAUUUCACUUCCAAUCUGCACGUUACAACACUCAGAGAUAUCUACUGAGUGUGUCAGAGAGGAGAAAAGCACAUUGGUGAUGAUUCACUCUAGUUCAUUUUGAGGCCAAGGACUAUUUGGUUUGAACUGCACAAGUGACUCAUUGACUGUAUUUUAAACAGAUAAAGAUAUCAAGAAUUUUUUCUAAAAAGAUUUAUGAUUUGUAAAUCAUUAGGAAUAUAUUUUAUAUUUUGAUUUCCAUGUCAAUAAAAAAUAAUUAUAUAAGAAAUUUAUA